UGGUGGCACAUUCGUUCGAUGGCAACGGUUUGGAUAACAGGCGCGCGCUUUGUUUUAUUAUCCACAUUAUCAGCGGCAUUAUUGUUAUUAUUGGCCCCCAGCGCAGUACCGCUCGCCCACGCGUCCGCCCGUGAAUGCCGCGCGGAAAAGUCGCUUUCCACUAAAUUGGCGUCCCGAUUCGAGGAAAUCCGUCAGCAGCAUUCGCGCUCGUUCGGUCAGCACUAAGGCUAAUAAUCGUUCAAAUCGUUAAAGCCAUAAAAAUAAUAAUAAUAAUUGCAAUAACAAUAAACAUAGUAAUAAUCGUAACGCUUACGAGCCUUUGAUAGUGCCAAGGCAAGCGCUAAACAAGUAUUCAAAUUCGAAUUCAAUUAACAGCAAAGUGCAAUUGGCUAAAAAACCAAACCAAAACGCAACAAAGUAUACGAAACACUUGUGAAACUGUAAAAAAUAGUGAAGAAAUAUUUAAAGUUAUUUAUCGAAGUUAAUGUUCAACAAACAUUAGUGCUUAAACCAAGUUAGGGCCCCCAGUGGAAAGUGCAAUAAUUAAAAUAAACGUUUUAAAAAAUAUUUACCAAACAACCGCUUGUGAAAAAUAUUUUAUAAAUAUUUAAAGAAUUAAAAAAUAAAUAUUUAUAUCGAAAUUCUACAAAAUAAUGCCAUUAAGAACAUAUUAAACAUAAAAUUUAUAAAGACUUUAAAAAACAAAUAAAAAUAUUUGCAAAAAAAAAAGUUUUAAUAAAGUUGAAAAUUUUGCAAAAACCAAAACAAGACUAAUGAACAUCACAGAUAGCUUGGAGAAAAUAUUUUAUUAAAAAUCCGCCAAAAAUCGCAGAGAUCCGGAGAUACACCCCAGUGAAAACAGUCAAGCCCCCAACGAUUUUCAGCCCGUCUCGGACGGAGCACCGCCAAGAUUCUCACCGCCAGCAGCGCAAUGAACUCGUACUUUGAGCAGGCCUCCGGCUUCUACGGCCAUCCGCACCAGGCCACCGGAAUGGCGAUGGGCAGCGGCGGCCACCAUGACCAGACGGCCAGUGCGGCGGCGGCCGCCUACCGCGGAUUCCCAUUGUCACUGGGCAUGAGUCCCUACGCCAACCACCAUCUGCAGCGCACCACCCAGGACUCGCCCUACGACGCCAGCAUCACGGCCGCCUGCAACAAGAUAUACGGCGACGGGGCCGGCACCUACAAGCAGGACUGCCUGAACAUCAAGGCGGACGCAGUGAAUGGCUACAAGGACAUCUGGAACACGGGCGGCUCCAAUGGCGGCGGGGGCGGCGGAGGUGGCGGCGGCGGGGCAGGAGCAACCGGCAACGGAGCCAACGGUGCCAAUGCGGCCAAUGCAAACGGACAGAACAAUCCGGCGGGUGGUAUGCCCGUCCGACCCUCCGCCUGCACCCCCGACUCCAGAGUGGGCGGCUACUUGGACACCUCGGGCGGCAGUCCCGUCAGCCAUCGCGGCGGCAGUGCCGGCGGCAAUGUAAGCGUCAGCGGCGGCAACGGCAACGGCGGUGGCGUGCAGGGCGGCGUGGGCGUGGCCGCAGCGGGCACCGCCUGGAACGCCAACUGCACCAUCUCGGGCGCCGCUGCCGCUCAGACGGCGGCCGCCAGCAGUUUACACCAGGCCAGCAAUCACACAUUCUACCCCUGGAUGGCUAUCGCAGGUGAGUGUCCUGAAGAUCCGACCAAAAGUAAGAUAAGAUCUGAUUUAACACAAUACGGCGGCAUAUCAACAGACAUGGGUAAGAGAUACUCAGAAUCUCUUGCGGGCUCACUUCUACCAGACUGGCUAGGUACAAAUGGACUGCGAAGACGCGGCCGACAGACAUACACCCGCUACCAGACGCUCGAGCUGGAGAAGGAGUUCCACACGAAUCACUAUCUGACCCGCAGACGGAGAAUCGAGAUGGCGCACGCGCUCUGCCUGACGGAGCGGCAGAUCAAGAUCUGGUUCCAGAACCGGCGGAUGAAGCUGAAGAAAGAGAUCCAGGCGAUCAAGGAGCUGAACGAGCAGGAGAAGCAGGCGCAGGCCCAAAAGGCGGCGGCGGCAGCGGCAGCGGCGGCGGCGGUCCAGGGCGGACACUUAGAUCAGUAGACCCGUAGAACCGUAGACCCAUGGACCCGAAGAUCUAUGGAUCUGUAGGGACGAAUUAGGCGGAAUGGCGCAGAGACAGAUACAAAGCAACUAUAUUGUAACAAAUGAACUAUUUACUUAAAUGAAUAAUAUUUAAAUAUUUUGAUGGUACUUGUGCGAAUACGAAACUUAACCUAAAUCGAACCUAAUGGAAUUAUUUCAAGCGUUUGAGCAGCAACCGAAAAUACGUAAAUGAAACAAAACUACAAACUAAUUAACUAGGCUAAGUAAAUGAAAGUAGUGGAAAGAGCGCAGAUUAUAAACCUACUUAGACGUAAACGAGGAAAACCAACAAUUUUAAUUUAGUUCCAAACGAAAAAAAUUUAAAGAUUCGCAAGCGUAAGAUUUUUGUUGUCCACACGUAGAGAGAUCACUCGAAAUUUAAACCUCUGUCCUGCCCCUUUGUUGCUUACUGCUAUGUUUUAAUUAAUUUUCGCGAAAAAUACUCAAAAAUUAAAAAAAAAAAACUAUACGAAUACAAUGUUAAAUGCGAGCAAAAUUCUGUUGAUAUGAAUUUUUGGUAAAAACCAGUUCUAAACCAAUUUAAGAUACGUAACAAAGGAAACGAAAAACAAAAAUAAAACUAUUAAACUUUAACUUAAAUAUAAAUAGAAUUUGUUAGCCAAGUAAACAUAUUACGAAACAAAAAACAAACGUUUUUGGGAGGAUCGAAUAUUUGAAUGUGUAUAGUUUGUGCUUAUUAAAUAAAAUAAUGCAAUUUUAGUUAACUCUGUUUAUUUUUAAACGAAUUUGUUUAGUUCUCGCCCAAACGACUAGAGUGAAGCUGUUUCUUUAAGUAAUAUGUAGUGUGUUUACCUUUUAAAUUAAAUUAAUGCCUAAUUUUAUUAUUAUUAUGUUUAGUUUAAUGACAAGCGUUUAUGAGAUUAUCCGACAGAUGCGACGAGUAGAGGAGUACAACAAACCGUUUGCUCCGGCAAACGCAAAUAAAUUAUUGGUUUUGAAAAAAUCUGAAAAACAAUGAGAAAACGAAUUCGAUUGUUGUGUUAUUAUUUUAGUUCUGCCAUUGCGAUUGUUUUCUGUUCUCCCUGUGUAAUUAGAGCCUGAGUUGUUUGAGAGUUCGCGGGUUGCCCGCUUGCAUGCAAAAUUGCUUUUGAUCUCGUUCCGUUAAUUGAUCGUAAGUUGUACGCUCUAUAGAGAUACGCAUUACCCAUACCGAUAACGAUAACGAUUACGAUUACGAUACCGAUACCAUAUAGUUUAGUGGAUCCAACGAGCUGUGCUCGAAUCAAGCCACUUGGCAGUGUGUCCCGGAACUUCAUCCUUCAGUUGAGUUUCCAAACUUAUCCCAGUUGGGGGCCAUCCGAAACGAUGCCCUGCACAAGAUGUAUACGUAACUAGAGCCUAAGAUUCGAUUAUAGAUAUACAUAUAUAUAAUUCUUGAUAUAUAUUUAUGUAUUUAUAUAUGGAGAUCGAGUAGAAAUGGACAAACAAUAAGAGUGUAAUUUCUGCGGAACGGAGGCAGACGCAAAUACGUAAAUAAGAAUAAGUUAAAUGUUAUAGAUUUUAAACGCAAACGCAAUUGCUAACGCAGAUGCGAACAGAAUACGUUACUGUAUACAUACACUGAACGAAACGAGGGCGUGAAAGUGGCGAAGGAGAGGCGUGGAUCGAUUGGGGUAUUCCUCGCCACCGCAAAACCAAGAAUAGACGCUAAAAUACAAUACUUAAAGAUUUAAAUGUGGAUUAUCGUAGCAACAGAUAUACGUAAAUAGAGACCGUAUCGGAGAAGUCUUGCAUAUAGUACUGCAUCCUACCACUUACCUACUACUAACUUACGUAAUACCAGUGCAUUCGUAGUAAUAAUAAUCGCUACAUACGUGUACAUUGCUAGUGGCUUUUACUUUAAGCUCUCUGACCCUCGGAGCAGGAGCAGCCUAUCCAGAUCGAGAUUACUACUUUUCCCUUAAAUACGUAUUUCCAUCAGAUCAGACCUACAGAUACUUUGCAGAUACAUUUUCUACUCGUACUUUCCCCUCCCCGCGAUCGCCGAUUGGACCCGCAAGCUCCGUUUAUACUUAAUCUAUGUAACUCUAAUUUAAAGCCAUUCUAUGUUAGCUCCGUAAGUUGUAAAUUAUCAAUAUAAACUAUACGAAAAAAGAACAAACACAAAACAAACAGCAACCAGUGAGAAUGUGGAAAAUGAAACAAAUAAAUUAAACAAAACGAUUUAAACAAA